UCAGACUCAGAGCCUGUUUGGCUACAGAGAAAGAGAUAGAGAGAGAUUCCAUCAUUGUAAGAGAAAUAUCAGAGAGAAAAAUGGCGUUGGCUAAGGCUAAGGAGAUUGUUUCGUCCAAUCCGGUCGCCGUCUUCAGCAAGACGUACUGUCCGUUCUGCGCGAGCGUGAAGAAGCUAUUGUCCGAAUUGGGCGCCACUUUCAAAGCCGUCGAAUUGGACACUGAGAGUGACGGGGCUGAGAUCCAAGCAGCAUUGGCCGAGUGGACCGGACAGCGGACCGUGCCCAAUGUGUUCAUUGGUGGAAAACACAUCGGUGGAUGUGAUGCUACAAUGGCAUUGCACAAGGAAGGGAAGCUGGUUCCUCUUCUGACUGAAGCUGGUGCUCUUGCCAAAGCUUCUGCAUAAAGGAGAUUUCAGUUACUGGUUUGAGUAGCAGUAAAUAAUUGUAAUGGCUGAAACUAGAAAUGGUUUCAAGUACUGGUUCUCUGUAUGUCUUUAAACUUUCACUAUCUGUUAAAUAAAAUGGGGGCCGACACUGAGUUGUAGAUGUAACUUUCAGUGGUUCAUCACAUUUCUGUGGGCUUCAUACUUGCUUUCCUUCGUACGGUUUUAUAGUUGAUGAUGAUUGUUCUUCAAUUGUUAAAUUCAAUACAUGCUGAACUUAAGAUA